AGUUGUGACCGGUUUCCGCUGCUCGAGCUGUGAGGGGGGGAAUGAAGCUGAACAACUGAGCUCAAUUCAGCUUCUUUUCAGUCUUUUGGGUAGCCCAUGUUAACUAAUAGUGGAGAAAGUCAGGCCACUGCAUGAAACAAUAUGUCGAGAAAAAUGUCACGGUUUCUUAUUCGUUUCUCCUCUAUCGUUUCCAACGGAGCGACCGUCAAAUCAAUUUUACCUCAGAGGAGGAUAUUUGCAGGGAUUCGGCUUGUGUCUACAACAACGGGUUUGCAGUCACUGACACGUUAUGACAAGUCUACAGAUUGGCAAAGUAAGCUGACUCCAGAACAGUAUGUUGUCACAAGAGAAAAGGGGACAGAGGUGCCAUUCAGUGGCAUCUACUUGAAUCACAAUGAGGUGGGCAUGUACCACUGUGUCUGCUGUGACUCCCCUCUUUUUAGCUCAGAAGCAAAAUAUGAUUCAGGAACUGGGUGGCCAUCCUUCUAUGAGGCUCACGGGACGUGGGAAAAAGACGAGAGUCACGCCAAUAUUGUCCGUCGUCCUGACAACUCACUUGGCAGCACAGGAACAGAGGUUAUCUGCAAACAUUGCGAUGCCCAUCUUGGACACGUCUUCGAUGAUGGUCCAGAUCCGACUGGUCAGCGGUUCUGCAUCAACAGCGUCGCUCUAAACUUUAAACCCAGAGAGAAAUAACAUAGAGAUAUCCAGCAAUAUAUCUCUGGACAGUAUUUUACAGUUAUCCCAUGCAAAUAAAGAAAACAAAUAGCGUUUGAAUAACAAAUGUCCACUGUGGUAUGCUAUGAGUUACAGUUUACAAUGUUUAUUGUGAAAAAAAAAAUGUUUGGCGAUUGUGUGUUAGGAAAAGUGCACUCUUAAAAUGUUCCAAAAGGAGUUAAAUUUCAAUUCCUGAAAGAACCUUUCUGUGAACAGUUCUUAAAAGAAAAUUUUUUUUAGUGUGAAGAAUAUUUUACAA